AUGUUGACGGCGUAUCCCAAUGGAGAUGGCUUCUUUCAACAAGACAAUGCGCCAUGCCACGGUGCUCGUAUUGUGCAGGAGUGGUUUCAAGAACAUGGGGGAGACUUUACCUUGCUUAGGUGGCCCCCACAAUCACCAGCUCUCAAUCCAAUUGAGCAUUUGUGGGACAAAGUUAAAAGAGCCAACAGGCAGCUGGUUCCACAACCAUCAAAUCUCACAGAACUGCACAGUGCUAUUCAUCAGGCAUGGUGUCAGAUUCCUUGCAUCAUCUUUCAACAUCUCGUGGAGUCAAUGCCAAGAAGAAUCACCACAGUAUUGAAGGCAAAAGGUGGCCCAACAAAGUACUGA